AUGACUCUGACAGCUUUACAGCCUGAUGGUGCCAUCAGUCAGGUGUACUAUACAGGUGCCACAAGUCAGGUGAUCUAUACAGGUGCCACCAGUCAGGUGAUCUAUACAGGUGCCACCAGUCAGGUGUUCUAUACAGGUGCCACCAGUCAGGUGAUCUAUACAGGUGCCAUCAGUCAGGUGAACUAUACAGGUGCCACCAGUCAGGUGUUCUGUACAGGUGCCACCAGUGCAGUAGGUGAGGUGUUCCAUGCAGAUGCCAUCAGUGAAGUGUUCUAUACAGGUGCAGUGAUUGAGGUGUCCGAUACAGGUGGAGUCAGCGAGGUGUUCUUUACAGGUGCCACCAGUCAGGUGAUCUAUAAAGGUGCCACCAGUCAGGUGAUCUAUACAGGUGCCACAAGUGCAGUAGGUGAGGUGUUCCAUGCAGAUGCCAUCAGUGAAGUGUUCUAUACAGGUGCAGUGAUUGAGGUGUCCGAUACAGGUGGAGUCAGCGAGGUGUUCUUUACAGGUGCCACCAGUCAGGUGAUCUAUAAAGGUGCCACCAGUCAGGUGAUCUAUACAGGUGCCACAAGUGCAGUAGGUGAGGUGUUCCAUGCAGAUGCCAUCAGUGAAGUGUUCUAUACAGGUGCAGUGAUUGAGGUGUCCGAUACAGGUGGAGUCAGCGAGGUGUUCUUUACAGGUGCCACCAGUCAGGUGAUCUAUAAAGGUGCCACCAGUCAGGUGAUCUAUACAGGUGCCACAAGUGCAGUAGGUGAGGUGUUCCAUGCAGAUGCCAUCAGUGAAGUGUUCUAUACAGGUGCAGUGAUUGAGGUGUCCGAUACAGGUGGAGUCAGCGAGGUGUUCUUUACAGGUGCCACCAGUCAGGUGAUCUAUAAAGGUGCCACCAGUCAGGUGAUCUAUACAGGUGCCACAAGUGGAGUCAGCGAGGUGUUCUUUACAGGUGCCACCAGUCAGGUGAUCUAUAAAGGUGCCACCAGUCAGGUGAUCUAUACAGGUACCACAAGUGCAGUAGGUGAGGUGUUCCAUGCAGAUGCCAUCAGUGAAGUGUUCUAUACAGGUGCAGUGAUUGAGGUGUCCGAUACAGGUGGAGUCAGCGAGGUGUUCUUUACAGGUGCCACCAGUCAGGUGAUCUAUAAAGGUGCCACCAGUCAGGUGAUCUAUACAGGUGCCACAAGUGGAGUCAGCGAGGUGUUCUUUACAGGUGCCACCAGUCAGGUGAUCUAUAAAGGUGCCACCAGUCAGGUGAUCUAUACAGGUACCACAAAUGCCAUCAGUGAAGUGUUCUAUACAGGUGCAGUGAUUGAGGUGUCCGAUACAGGUGGAGUCAGCGAGGUGUUCUUUACAGGUGCCACCAGUCAGGUGAUCUAUAAAGGUGCCACCAGUCAGGUGAUCUAUACAGGUGCCACAAGUGCAGUAGGUGAGGUGUUCCAUGCAGAUGCCAUCAGUGAAGUGUUCUAUACAGGUGCAGUGAUUGAGGUGUCCGAUACAGGUGGAGUCAGCGAGGUGUUCUUUACAGGUGCCACCAGUCAGGUGAUCUAUAAAGGUGCCACCAGUCAGUUGAUCUAUACAGGUGCCACAAGUGCAGUAGGUGAGGUGUUCCAUGCAGAUGCCAUCAGUGAAGUGUUCUAUACAGGUGCAGUGAUUGAGGUGUCCGAUACAGGUGGAGUCAGCGAGGUGUUCUUUACAGGUGCCACCAGUCAGGUGAUCUAUAAAGGUGCCACCAGUCAGGUGAUCUAUACAGGUGCCACAAGUGCAGUAGGUGAGGUGUUCCAUGCAGAUGCCAUCAGUGAAGUGUUCUAUACAGGUGCAGUGAUUGAGGUGUCCGAUACAGGUGGAGUCAGCGAGGUGUUCUUUACAUGUUGA